CUUGACCAUUCCUCUCAGUGUUGGCUGUGAUCGAGCGUCAUAGGAAAGCCAUCAGUGUGCGUCAGGUCUGUGGAACCUGGGACACACACACCUCUCCCCUGCAGGUUUCUCCGUCCUGCUCCCACCUGAGCCGUCAUGGAUCUAAUGGAGGAGGGAAACGUGAGCUGUGGAGUUAAAAACUGUAGCACGCCAGGCUUCCAGGGAAACUGCUCCAACCAAGACUGUCAGGAGGAGGAAACAAUGUCUGGAUCGAUCUUGUUAGUGUGUUUGACUGUGAUUGUGGUUCCACUGAUAAUCUUCGGCCUUCUUGGAAACACACUGACCCUUCUGGUGGUUUGGCUUCGCCCAAACAUGAGAAGCUCCGCCUACCUCUACCUGAGCAGCAUGGCUGUUAGUGACCUGCUGAAUCUCCUGCUGCUGGCUCUGGGUCUAUUUGAGCUCUGGACACAGAAGUUAGGAGUCUUCGGCUUUAAGCUGACCAUGUUCCUCUCAGAGGGCUGCACCUUCUGCACCAUCCUCCACAUCACCUUUCUCUCCCUGGAGAGGUACCUGGUUGUCUGCUGGCCAAUCACCUCCAAGACGCUGGUGACAUGUCGCAGAACCAGGGCUCUGAUUGGUUGCCUCUGGGUGGGAGCGGCUGUCAGUGCAGCAACAUUUUUGGUCAUGAUGAACUCAUUCUCCUCAGGCCUCUGGUUGGCCAGGUUGAUUAUCACCAACCUGUAUGUCCUGGUACCCAUGUGCAUCCUGGGACUGGUCUACAUCCUGAUUGGACGGACUCUGAGGCUCCGUCCACAAAGAAGCCGUAAAGACAAGAGUCACCGACACGCAGUCAAGAUGCUGGGUGAGAAACACAAUCCAACACACACACCCUUAGGUUCUGAAUUUAGCUUUUACUAAAUACAACUGACAAAGGCUGACGAACAGAUUUAAUACUUUGUCUUCAUCUCGGCUUGCACAUCUGGAGCCAGAGUCGGAGCUGUAUCAUCCAAUAGAAAAUCAAAACUCACCAGUUU